CGGAAGGGCGGCGGGGCCGGCGGCGGGUCACGUGCCCUGACCAAGAUGGCCGCCGCCAUAACUGCCGCCGCCCGGUAGCCCCCCAGAAGGUGAGGGGAGCCCCGCUGCCGCCAUGAACCCGGAGAAGGACUUCUCUCCGCUCACGCCGAGCAUCGUGCGGGCGCUGAACGACAAGCUCUACGAGAAGCGGAAGGUGGCCGCCCUCGAGAUCGAGAAGCUAGUCCGUGAAUUUGUGGCUCAGAACAGCACGGCUCAGAUUAAGCAUGUCAUUCAGAUUCUGUCGCAGGAGUUUGCACUUUCCCAGCAUCCUCAUAGUCGGAAAGGGGGCCUUAUUGGUCUGGCAGCCUGCUCCAUCGCUCUCGGGAAGGACUCCGGCCUUUAUUUGAAGGAGCUGAUUGAGCCUGUGCUGACAUGCUUCAACGAUGCAGACAGCCGCCUGCGGUAUUAUGCCUGCGAGGCGCUCUACAACAUUGUGAAGGUGGCCAGGGGCUCCGUCCUCCCCCACUUCAACGUGCUCUUUGAUGGCCUGAGCAAGCUUGCUGCAGAUCCAGACCCAAAUGUAAAAAGUGGUUCAGAACUCCUGGACCGGCUUCUGAAGGACAUUGUGACGGAAAGCAACAAGUUUGACCUUGUGAGCUUCAUUCCUCUGCUACGUGAGAGGAUCUACUCCAACAACCAGUAUGCUCGGCAGUUCAUCAUUUCCUGGAUCUUGGUGCUGGAGUCUGUUCCGGAUAUCAAUCUUCUUGAUUACCUGCCAGAGAUUCUAGAUGGGCUUUUCCAGAUCCUGGGUGAUAACAGCAAGGAGAUCCGUAAAAUGUGUGAAGUGGCCCUUGGGGAGUUUCUGAAGGAGAUCAAGAAGAGCCCUUCCAGCGUCAAGUUUGCAGAAAUGGCCAACAUCCUGGUGAUCCACUGCCAGGCCUCUGAUGAUCUCAUCCAGCUGACAGCCAUGUGCUGGAUGCGCGAGUUCAUCCAGCUGGCAGGCCGCGUCAUGCUGCCGUACUCCUCGGGGAUCCUGACGGCCGUCCUGCCCUGCCUGUCCUAUGAUGACCGGAAGAAGAGCAUCAAAGAGGUGGCAAAUGUCUGCAACCAGAGCCUGAUGAAGCUGGUCACUCCGGAGGAUGACGAGAUGGACGAGGCCAAGCAGCCCACUGCAGCCCCCCAGACUGACUCCGACCGGAACGAAACGCUCCCCAAGCAUGAAGUGCCCUCAGGAGGUGGCGGCCUCGAUGCCUCCAGCGACUGCAGUUUCAGCAGCCCCAGUGUCUUCAUGCCAGCCAGUGCUGAGAGAGUCCCGGUGACCCUCCACCUCGAUGGGAUUGUCCAGGUCCUGGACUGCCACCUGCACGAUUCCGCCAUUGGGAUGAUGACCCGGAUUGCAGUCCUGAAGUGGCUCUACCACUUGUACAUCAAGACGCCUCGCAAGAUGUUCCGGCACACGGACAGCCUCUUCCCCAUCUUGCUAAAGACCUUGUCGGAUGAGUCAGAUGAGGUGAUCCUCAAGGACCUUGAAGUCUUGGCUGAGAUUGCAUCCUCUCCUGCAGGCCAGACGGAAGGCCAAGGGCCCAGUGAGGGCGCUGAGGCCUGCUCCGGGCAGCUGGAGCUGCACCUCCCCGCUCCGGCCAAAAGUGGCCAGGCUGGCUCCUCUGGUACCAAAGGCAUGGAGGGCUUGCCCUCGACUCCCACCAUGAACUCCUACUUUUAUAAGUUCAUGAUCAACCUACUCAAGAGAUUCAGCAGUGAGCGGAAACUGCUGGAGACACGGGGAGCCUUCAUCAUCAGGCAACUCUGUCUGCUGCUGAACGCAGAGAACAUCUUCCACUCGAUGGCCGACAUCCUGCUGCGGGAAGAAGACCUCAAGUUCGCCUCCACGAUGGUCCACACCCUCAACACGAUCCUCCUGACGUCUUCAGAGCUCUUCCAGCUGAGGAACCAGCUCAAGGACCUCAGGACUCCGGAGAGCCGCAACCUCUUCUGCUGCCUCUACCGCUCCUGGUGCCACAACCCGGUGACCACCGUCUCCCUCUGCUUCCUGACCCAGAACUACAAGCAUGCCUACGACCUCAUCCAGAAGUUCGGCGACCUGGAGGUGACCGUGGAUUUCUUGAUCGAGGUUGACAAGCUGGUCCAGCUGAUUGAAUGCCCCAUUUUCACAUGGAAGCCUCCAAGCCCGGCCUCGGGUUCAAGAAGGCAGCCGCUGCCCCCGUGGUGGACUACGCAGAGCUGCUGCAGCACUUUGAGAAGGUCCAGAACCAACACCUGCAGGUCCGGCACCAGCGAGCCAGCCGGGCAGAGAACCUGGAGCGGAGAGCCGUCCUCUGAAGGCCGGACCCCAGGGGGCACGGAGAGGGCAGCGAGCCAGGGGGACUGCCAGGGGGCGGGGUACGCUCGAUGCCAGGGCCAUGGGCCAGAGAAUGCGGCUGACUGCACGGCUGGGGAGCCCCCACUUGUCUGUGGGGAGGCAGCACUGUUGACCCCCCCGGCCCAGGGCACCUCUGCAUCUUCUCCCACCCAGGCUUGCCAAAGGGGUGGGGCGGUGUUGCCUUCUGGCUUGCCUUCACUGGUGCCUCCCCUUCUGGAGCAGCCAGAGCGCAGGGUUCCUUGUCGGGUGGAGAAGCGGGUGUGCAGGGAGCACCCUCAGUAAGGGAAGGGGCAGCCUGCCCCCCCCCGCUCCCCACACUGCAGCACUUGCCCCCUUCCUCCAGUCUGUCUUCCACUUGUGGUGAGCUCCCCCCCAGGCACCCCCCCCCAAUAAAUCAUGUGUGUGGAUGGCACAGGCUCAGCUUCCAGCCAGCUUGUGCAUGUGUGUAUAUGUAUAUAUAUCGCUAUCUCGACCAACUGGAUUUCUGGACUGGGAACCGCUUUGUAACACUGUACAACUCCCUUGUUGAAAUAAAAGGAUGAUGAUGAUGAUGA